CGCUGCGCCACGACGGGAGUUCCUCAUUCAUCUGGCGUUUUCACAGAGGAUGACAUGGGCAGGGCCUGGGGGAGCAGGAGGAGGGGUCAGGACCCUCAGAGAAGCGGCCCUCGAGUAAGACAUUAAAGGACAAGGUGACGUCUUGUGGGAGACCAGGGAGUGGGGUGUUCCUGGAGGAGCCAAGAGCAGGAGCAGAGGCCCGGCGCCCUGGGGCGUCCCCCGUCUUCCUGGCCAGUGUGGGAGGUGCCCUCUCAAGUCACUGCCAGGAGCCCCUGGGCAGUAGACAAGGCUGAAAUAAUCCGUGCGGAAAGUUGCCCCCCGACCCGCUCUCAUGAUGCUCCUUGGCCCUGUCGGACGUGGGCAGAGACAGUGGCCAGGGCCAGGCCUCUGGGGCUCAGGCUCUUGCUCCAGCUGGUGGUCUCUGCCUCCUGCGUGUGGCACGUGGCACGCCCUGUCUUGGUUAGCCUCUGACCACCCUGCCACAGCGUUUUCAUAGUCCCUCUGUUACAGAAGGGGAACCUGGGGCUCAGAGAGGCUGGGUUCUCACCCGGGGACACACGGGAAUGAAGACUGAGGCAAGAUUCAGACUCAAGGGCCCGACAGCCAGGUCCUCUGGGAGACGCUCAGCCUGCAGGGAGCGGUGCGCUUUAUGCCAAGACAGUCGGCCAGGAGCACGGUGGCUGUGGGAGCCCAGAGGGCGCGGAGCCUGGCCCCGGGGUCUGGGACAGCUUCCCGGGGAAGGGAGGGCAGAGAUGAGGUGUGUGGUGGGUUCAGGCCAGUUUGAGGGGUCUGAGGGCACCGGGGAGGGUUGGCAUCCGAGACGAGAGAGAAGAUGGUCUCGAGGCAGAGCCCCACACCCCGGGGCCUUGGUUUCCGAGGCUCUGGUCUGUGCCCUUGGCCUCCAUGCCCGUUUCAGUCCCACCCCAGCCGUUCGCAGGCCGCCCCCACCCCAGCCUGGUCUCAUCCCUCUUCGAGUGGACACCCCGUGGGUACAUGUGCUAAAGCUUGAGCUCUGUCCGGACCCUGUCCAGCAGGGCAGGGCCUGCUCGUAAAACCGACUUCCUUUAGGCUUUGGGGAGCUCGGAGGGUCAGAGGCAGGGGGUGAGGCAAGGUGGGCAGUGUGGACGAGAGCUAUCUGAGGCUCUGGGACCAAGGAGCUUUGCUGCAGCUCAGCCUCCCCACCAAGGAGAAGGAGUUGCUGUCACCUCCAGCAUCCUCGCCUCCCCAGCCAGGGCCUGAGGAGCCUCCGGCCGUCUUCCCCCGGGGACCUCCCCAGCCCCCGACUCCACCUCCCAGCCCCCCAGCGAUCCCCCCAAAGCCUCUGCGCCCGCUCCCAGAGUUUGACGACUCUGACUACGAUGAGGUCCCUGAGGAGGGGCCGGGGGCCCCAGCUGCCGUGAUGACCAAGAAGGAGGAGCGCCCAGCGAGCCAAGUCCCACGGGCCGUGCGUGUGGCCAGUCUGCUGAGCGAGGGGGAGGAACUGUCCGGGGACGAUCCCGGGGAUGAAGACGAGGACGACCACGCCUAUGAGGGCGUCCCCAAUGGUGGAUGGCACACCAGCAGCCUGAGCUCAGCCCUGUCCGGCAGCCUCCUGACCCCUGAGCUCCCGCCUCCCCCCAUGGACGGGCCGCCCGUGAGCCAGGACCCCAGCCCCGUCCCACCAGUCAUCAAGGCUGGCUGGCUGGACAAGAACCCCCCGCAGGGAUCUUACAUCUAUCAGAAGCGAUGGGUGAGGCUGGACGCCAGUUACCUGCAGUACUUCGAUAGCAACAAGGAUGCCUACUCGAAGCGCUUUGUCCCCGUGGCCUGCAUCUCCCGAGUGGCUGCCAUUGGGGACCAGAAGUUCGAAGUGAUCACCAACAACCGGACCUUCGCCUUCCGGGCAGAGAGUGACGCCGAGCGGAAGGAGUGGAUACAGGCUCUGCAGCAGGCGGUGGCCGAGCAGCGUGCCCGGGCCCGACUGUCCAGUGCUUAUCCAUUGGGUGUUGGAGGCUCAGAGCCCCCUGACCGCGCGGGCAGCCUGGAGCUACGUGGCUUCAAGAAUAAACUCUAUGUGGCCGUGGUUGGGGACAAAGUGCAGCUUUACAAGAACCUGGAGGAGUACCACCUGGGCAUCGGCAUCACUUUCAUCGACAUGAGUGUGGGCAACGUGAAGGAGGCAGCGGACCGGCGCAGCUUCGACCUCACCACCCCCUACCGCAUCUUCAGCUUCUCGGCCGACUCAGAGCUGGAGAAGGAGCAGUGGCUGGAGGCCAUGCAGGGAGCCAUUGCGGAGGCCCUGUCUACCUCAGAGGUGGCUGAGCGCAUCUGGGCCGUGGCCCCCAACAGAUUCUGUGCUGACUGCGAGGCGGCCCAGCCCGACUGGGCCUCCAUCAACCUCUGCGUCGUCAUCUGCAAGCGCUGCGCAGGCGCGCACCGCGGCCUCGGCGCUGGCGUCUCCAAGGUGCGGAGCCUGAAGAUGGACAGGAAGGUGUGGACGGAAGUGCUCAUCGAGCUCUUCUUACAGCUGGGCAACGCUGCUGGGAACCGCUUCUGGGCAGCCAACGUGCCCCCCAGUGAGGCCCUGCAGCCCAGCAGCAGCCCCAGUGCCCGGCGGUGCCACCUAGAGGCCAAAUACAGAGAGGGCAAGUACCGCCGCUACCACCCGCUUUUUGGCAACCAGGAGGAACUGGACAAGGCCCUGUGUGCCGCAGUCACCACCUCAGACCUGGCUGAGACCCAGGCGCUCCUGGGCUGUGGGGCUGCAGUCAACUGCUUCUCAGGGGACCCUGGGGCCCCCACGCCCCUGGCUCUGGCUGAGCAGGCGGGACAGACCCUGCAGAUGGAAUUCCUUCGGAACAACCGAACCACGGAGGUACCUCGGCUGGAUUCAAUGAAACCCCUGGAAAAGCACUACUCAGUUGUCCUGCCAACCGUGAGCCACAGUGGCUUCCUCUACAAGACCGCUUCAGCUGGCAAGCCGCUGCAGGACCGCCGGGCCCGGGAAGAGUUCAGCCGACGCUGGUGUGUCCUUAGCGACGGGGUCCUGAGCUACUAUGAGAAUGAGCGGGCAGUGACUCCCAACGGGGAGAUCCGGGCCAGCGAGAUUGUGUGUCUGGCAGUGCCCCCUCCCGACACCCAUGGUUUUGAGCACACCUUCGAGGUGUACACGGAGGGAGAGCGGCUGUACCUGUUUGGGCUGGAGAACGCGGAGCUGGCUCGUGAAUGGGUCAAGUGCAUUGCUAAGGCGUUCGUGCCUCCCCUGGCUGAGGAUCUGCUGGCCCGGGAUUUCGAGAGGCUUGGGCGCCUACCCUACAAAGCUGGCCUGAGCCUGCAACGGGCCCAGGAAGGCUGGUUCUCCCUCACUGGCUCUGAGCUCCACGCUGUCUUCCCAGAGGGGCCCUGUGAGGAGCCACUGCAACUUCGGAAACUGCAGGAGCUUUCCGUCCAAGGGGACAGCGAGAACCAGGUGCUGGUGCUGGUGGAGCGAAGGAGGACGCUGUACAUCCAGGGAGAGCGGCGGCUGGACUUCACAGGCUGGCUGGGCGCCAUCCAGAAAGCAGCAGCCAGCUCAGGGGACACGCUGUCGGAACAGCAACUCGGAGACUCGGAUAUCCCGGUGAUUGUGUACCGCUGUGUGGACUACAUCACCCAGUGCGGCCUGACUUCCGAGGGCAUCUACCGCAAGUGCGGGCAGACCUCGAAGACGCAGCGGCUGCUGGAGAGCCUGCGGCAGGACGCUCGAUCUGUGCGCCUCAAGGAGGGCGAGCAGCACGUGGACGACGUCUCCUCCGCGCUCAAGCGCUUCCUGCGAGACCUGCCUGAUGGGCUCUUCACUCGAGUCCAGCGCCUCUCCUGGCUGGAGGCCUCAGAGAUUGAGGAUGAGGAGGAGAAGAUCGCCAGGUACCGAGAGCUGCUGGCGCGCCUGCCCCCAGUCAACCGGGCCACCGUGAAGGCCCUGAUCAGCCACCUGUACUGUGUCCAGUGCUUCUCCGACACGAACCAGAUGAACACGCACAACCUGGCUAUUGUGUUCGGGCCCACGCUCUUCCAGACAGACGGGCAGGACUACAAGGCUGGCCGUGUGGUGGAAGACCUCAUCAGCCGCUACGUGGUGGUGUUCAGUGUGGACGAGGAGGAGCUAAGGAAGCAGCGGGACGAGAUCACUGCCAUCGUGAAGAUGCGUGUGGCUGGCACGGCCAGUGGGACCCAGCACGCUGGUGACUUCAUUUGCACGGUGUACCUGGAAGAGAAGAAGGCGGAGGCAGAGCAACAUGUCAAGAUCCCAGCAUCCAUGACAGCUGAGGAGCUCACACUGGAGAUCUUGGAUCGCAGGAAUGUGGGCAUCAGGGAGAAGGACUACUGGACCUGCUUCGAGGUCAAUGAGAGGGAGGAGGCAGAGCGCCCCCUGCACUUUGCGGAGAAGGUGCUGCCCAUCCUGCACGGGCUGGGCACAGACAGCUACCUGGUGGUGAAGAAGCACCAGUCCAUGGAGGCCAUGCUGCUCUACCUGGCCAGCCACGUGGGCGAGACCAAGCACGGCAUGAUGAAGUUCCGCGAGGACCGCAGCCUCCUGGGCCUAGGCCUGCCCUCAGGCGGCUUCCACGAUCGCUACUUCAUCCUCAACAGCAGCUGCCUGCGGCUCUACAAGGAGGUCCGGAGCCAGAGGCCGUGGAGCGGGGCCCCUGAGACCAGUCACCGGCCUGAGAAGGAGUGGCCCGUCCGGAGUCUCAAAGUCUACCUGGGGGUGAAGAAGAAACUCCGGCCACCCACCUGCUGGGGCUUCACCGUGGUACAUGAGACAGAGAAACACGAGAAACAACAGUGGUACCUGUGCUGCGAGACGCAGAUGGAGCUCCGGGAGUGGUUCGCCACCUUCCUCUUCAUGCAGCACGACGGCCUGGUGUGGCCCUCGGAGCCCUCUCGCGUGUCCCGGGCGGUGCCCGAGGUCCGGCUGGGCAGUGUAUCACUGAUCCCGCUGCGCGGCAGUGAGAACGAGAUGCGCCGGAGUGUGGCCGCCUUUGCCGCCGACCCCCUUUCCCUCCUCCGAAACGUCUGAGCACAGGUGGGACUCUGUCGCCGCUGCCACCACCACCACCACCGCCGCCGCCACCACCACGAAGCCUUCCGGGCAGACACCCUCAUGCCCUGCAUGCCUGGUGUGAGCCAGCAGGGGAUGCAUGAGGAAGCUGCAACCCUGCACCCCACAUCCUGACUGGGCAUGGGAUUCCCUGGCCGGGACGUGGGGGGCAGGCAGCAGGGUCUGCCUGCCAAGGAGUCCCUUAACCUCUUCCCAGCAGGUGGGAGCUCAGCCCUGCUGGCCUGACCUGCACCCCUACCCCCCGCCGCCCGCCAGGGUCACCUACCCUGAGGUCAGGGGGUCAGAACUCUGGACAAAUGCCAUCCUUUCAGAGCUUGAGGCCCCGGGGCCCCCGCUGGAAGGGAGCCCACCCCUUUGCCACAAACUCCAGAACAGCCAAGUGUGGGUGCUCUGAAGGAUCGCUCAGCUGGGGUGGGACGGGAGCUCUUGGCCGAGAACUGGACUGGGGGGCCUUCAGGCCCCUUUCUGGUCUGGGCUUUACCGGGAGGGCCCAGGCUGCCCGGUGCCCCUUCCCCACUUUGGGGACCUUUUGAUAAUAUAAAUAUACCUGUAUAUUUUA